AGCGCCUCCAAACUUGAGCAUUUUUAACUUUAUUUAGCUUUAGGUGUGCAUACAUACAUACCUGCAUAUGUUCACAGCUCUAUGGCCAGUGCAAAGUUACGAGAGGCAGCUUUAAAAUCGCCGAAACAGCUGUACAAAUUUUUGAUGCGAGAAUGCGGAAAAUUACCGAAGGAAGCACAAGGAUUUUACAGACAUUCGAUUAAGCAGAGUUUCAAACAGCAUGUGAUCGAACCAGACAAGGAACGUGUUCAGCAAAUAAUGGAAAAGGCAGUACAAGAUGCAGAUUGGGUCGUUAAAAAGUACACAAAGUCAGAAGGAACAAGAACGCCAACAAAGUAACGAGCGCUAAAAUAAAGGUACUACUCCCGCUGAUACUAGAUGCUCACUAGGUGCAAGAUUCUGUAACUUGUCCUUUAAUAAAAGGAUUUACAAUUGUAUCGUA